UCCCUCCGCCGGGCGUCGCGCGCGGCGCGUCACACCCUGCGCCCGGCGGUGCAGUCGCCCUUCCCGGCGCGGCGGCCCGUUGCGCGCAGGAUGGGCCGCGGGCGUCCGGGCGCCCCGCGCGCCGCCGCCGUCCAGGGCACCGGCGGCAGCAGCGCCGUCAGCAAGUGUUCGGCGGCGGCGCGGGGCUACAUCCAGGACCGGUUCCUGCGGCUCCUGGUGGGGCGGCGGCGGCGGCGAGCCCCGCUUGUGCACCGGGGUUAUUACAUCCGCGCCCGUGCUGUAGAUCACUGCAUUCAAGACUUCCUGCUGAAGACCCAAAGCCACCCUAGGACACAGAUCCUGUCUUUAGGUGCUGGCUUUGACUCCUUAUACUUCCGUUUGAAGGACAUAGGUCUUCUGCAUCACACUGUGGUAUAUGAGGUGGAUUUCCCAAGUGUGGCAUGCCAGAAAGCUACUCUGAUCAAAAGAAUGAAAGAGUUGUCAGCACUGGUGGGAGAUACUGGAGGGGAAGAAUUAGGAGUCAUUACCUUUUCUGGAGAGGAUUAUAAAUUACUGGGAGUGGAUUUAUCAGAGCUGUCUGAGCUGGAGAGAACCCUCGAGGAAGCAGGACUGGACAAUGGAAUCCCCACCCUCUUCGUAGCAGAGGUGGUGCUCACCUACAUGGAAAAUAGCAGGUCAGAUGCCUUGAUUCAAUGGGCAGCAGAGCAUUUCUCUCAGGCAUGCUUUCUGCUGUAUGAGCAGAUGCACCCAGAGGACCCCUUUGGACAUGUCAUGCAGCAGCAUUUUAGCCAGCUGAACUCGGUACUUCAUUCUUUGGCACAGUACCCUGAUUGUGAGGCACAGCAGAGGCGCUUUUUUGAAAAGGGCUGGACUGAGUGCAGUGUCAUGGAUAUGAAUGAGUUUUUCACCUGUUGUACUCCAGAAGAUGAGCAGCAAAGAGUGCAGGCUCUGGAGCCUUUUGAUGAAUACGAGGAAUGGCAUCUGAAAUGUUCUCAUUACUUUGUCUUGACUGCAUCAAAGGGGAUGGAACCUUCCUGGACUCCGUUGUUAUCCCAUAUGACAGUUCCUCAUCGUGAUGAGACUGUCAGGAUGGCUGGGAGUGUCACUGCAGCAGUGUGUGCAAUGCACUCUGAAAUUUCUGGCCUGAGACGUUAUGGUCACCACUCUGUUCUUAUAAAACCCAAUGUGGUUCUCACCACUGGAGGCUUUGGGGAGGAGGAUGGACAGCACUGCCGUAUGAGAAAUUUUCAUGUGCUAAUUAAGCAUGCAGGCUACUGGAAAGCUGGCUGUGUGAAAAAGGAAAAUCCUGAUAAAAGAUGGGCUGAGCGGUUGUACCAUACUGUGUCAUGCCUCUCGAACAGCCUGGCCCUGGUGGUAGGAGGACGAACAUCCCCAUCAAGUGCAGGCUUGGGAAUGUUGUGGCUAAAGUUCCCUGAAACCUGUAACGCAUCAGACCCAGAUGACAUUACAGUGGAACUUGUAAGUCUGCAGCCUGCUGCUGAACCAGCUGCUUUGCGUUGGAGACACAGUACAACUGAAGUAAUAUUCAAAGGCGAGAAGUACCUGUUUCUGUAUGGUGGCCGCUCUGCAAUGGAGCCUGUGCUAGGGGAUUGGUAUUUCCUGCAUGCUCAGGAACUUUCCUGCACUGUGAUUCCUGUUGAGGGUCCAGUACCAGAAAGCCGUCACUCUCACAGCGCCUGUAGCUGGAAAGGAGGAGUGCUAAUUGCAGGAGGUCUGGGAGCAGCUGAGCAGCCCUUAGGUUCAGUUUUCUUUCUGAGGGAGCUUGAACAUGGCUUUCAGUGGCAGACAGUAGAGACUCACCCUCCUCUCAUCCCAAGGUAUUCACAUACUGCACAUGUGCAUGACGGAAAACUUCUGCUUGUUGGUGGCGUGUGGUUUCACUCAUCCUCUGUGCCAGGCAUCACUGUCAUUGACUUAAUGACUGGUCUCUGCUUGGACUAUACGAUUAAUGUGGAGCAUCUGGAGUGGCCAUUAAUGCUACAUAAUCAUAGUAGUGUCUUUCUGCCAAAUGAGAAGGAGUUGUUGGUUAUUGGCGGUGGUGGGAACUGCUUCUCCUUUGGGACGCACCUGAACCCAGAGCCUGUCUCAUUGAGCCUCAGCAACAUCCUGACCAGCCACUGACUGGGACCAAAUAGGACUGAACCAUGCUGCUGCACUGUGGUGAGACAUCUAUUCGCUUGUACGUGCAAGAGCAGCAAAAAGUUUCCACAAAGGUUUUGUAUCCAGAAUGCAUUUGUAAAGGUGGGAUUAGGAGGGACAGUUAUGACAAGGGGUUGCAUAUCUCAUCUGUCUUUUUUUUGUACUACUCUUUGUGUUGCUGUAAAUAAAGUAUCUCAAAAGUA